GUACUGCACACCGAUCUCUUAAAAAAUGAAUCCACCCCCCAAACAAACCCCCCUGAUUUGCUUCAAAUGGCCCUGGGACGCCAACGCCACCACGCCUCAAAACCCUAACACCACCACCACCUCCUCCUGCAACUUCGAAACACCAUGGAUCUUCAAAUCAAUGCUCUCAAUAACUUCACUAGCCUCAAAUCUCAUCACCUCAAUUUCAAAACCCCAGUUCCAAUUGAAAAAUGAUCGCAAGAAAUUGAGUGGAGAUGAACAGGCGGAGCUGGAGCAGAGAGCGUUCGCGUGCGCGCUCGCGAGCGAUAAGGAAGCGACUGUGCUUGAGUUUUAUGCGCGGAAUUGUCGGCUGUGUAAUUCGCUGGUGGCGUUUGUUGGUGAAGUUGAGAAGAGGAAUGAGGAGUGGCUUAAUGUUGUUAUGGCUGAUGCGGAGAAUGAUAAGUGGUUGCCUGAGCUACUCCAUUAUGACGUACGGUAUGUUCCAUGCUUUGUGCUGCUUGAUAAAAAUGGGAGGGCGCUUGCUAAAACUGGUGUUCCCAGCAGUCGGCUGCAUGUAUUAGCAGGUGUGUCUCAUCUAGUCAAAAUGAAGAGUCCACAGAGAGAUAGUUGACAGGUUUGUAUAGAUCAAUCAUAAAUGUCGGAACCAUUAUGGCUUUUGCCAAGUAUCUGGCACAUUGUAACGUUAAUUUGACUUUCGCGUGCUCGCGGUGCAUUAUCAAGGAAACGCAUCUUACAAUGAAAUGAAAACGUAAGUAAACCUUUGUGGUUCCUAUAGUGUAGGCCUCAUUGGUGGCGUGUGUUGUUUCCUACUGAAGAAUUAAUAAAUGGAAAUAAAACUGCCCUCUUGUUUUUUGCAUUAGAAUAA